GACCAUCCCCGUUCCUUGACUAUGUGUGGCCAUGUUGGCUUUGAAAGUUUACCUGAUCAGCUGGUCGAUAGAUCCAUUUCAGCACGGCUUCUGUUUAACAUUCUCUGUGUGGGUGAACUGGGAUUGGGAAAGUCCAACAUGAUUAACACACUGUUCAAUACUAAUUUUGAAGAGCUUGAAUCCCUCACACUUUUUGUCCGUGAGUUUAGACUUAGAGCUCAGACGUAUGAACUCCAGGAAAGUAAUGUUCGCUUGAAACUGACCGUUGUGAAUACAGUGGGGUGGGACCAGAUCAAUAAAGAAGACAGCUACCAACCAAUAAUUGAUUACAUAGAUGAUCAAUUUGAGGCCUAUCUCCAAGAAGAACUGAAGAUCAAGCGCGCUCUUUUUAACUACCAUGACUCGCGUAUCCACGUGUGCCUCUACUUCAUUGCUCCAACAGGCCAUUCUCUAAGGACACUUGACCUCUUAACCAUGAAGAGCCUGGACAGCAAGGUGAACAUUAUACUUAUUGCCAAGGCAGAUACAAUUUCUAAAAGUGAAUUACAGAAGUUUAAGAUGAAGCUCAUGAGUGAAUUGGUCAUCAAUGGUGUUCAGAUAUAUCAGUUCCCAACAGAUGACGACACUACUGCCAAGAUCAAUGGUGCAAUGAAUGACAUUUGCCAGUUUGCUGUUGUAGGAAGUAUGGAUGAGGUACAAGUUGGAAAUAAGAUGGUCAAAAGCGCGCCAGUAUCCUGGGGUAUUGUACAAGUGGAAAAUGAGAACCACUCGGGACUUUGUAAAGCUGCGGAGAUGCUCAUUUGUACAAAUAUGGAGGAUCUGCGGGAGCAGACCCAUGCGCGGCACUACGAGCUGUACAGGCGCUGCAAGCUGGAGGAAAUGGUUGCAGAUGUGGGCCCAGAGAACAAGCCCCUCAGUCUUCAAGAGACUUAUGAAGCCAAGAGACACGAAUUCUAUGGUGAACGUCAGAGGAAGGAAGAAGAAAUGAAGCAGAUGUUUGUGCAGCGAGUGAAGGAGAAAGAAGCCAUUUUGAAAGAAGCUGAAAGAGAGCUUCAGUCCAAGUUUGAGCACCUUAAAAGAAUCCACCAGGAAGAGAGAAUGAAACUUGAAGAAAAGAGAAGGGUGUUGGAGGAAGAAUCAAUUGCUUUCUCCAAGAAGAAAGCUACUUGUGAUGUAUUCCAGAGCCAGUCGUUUAUGGCGGCAGCAGCAGCAUUAAGAAGGACAAAGACCUAGAAGAAGUAAGAGUUCCCGCCACCCUGUCCCUGUGGCCCUGCCCCUCCCCUUUGGCUCCUCUCCCUGUUUGCUCUUCUUUCCCUGUGUUUUCUUCCUCCCUGUCUGCCUCCUGCUGCCAACACUAGAACAGGCCUGUCCUUGUUCUUCACUGUCCUCUCAGCAGGUGGACUACACCUGCCAUAUCUCACUCAGGUCUUCAGUGCUUACCAGAAUUGAGGAGCGAGCAGAGUGAAACACCUCAUGGGGAGAGUCGGGUCGGGGCAUGGCUAGUGCUGGUCACAGCCUGCAUAGCUCUAGUACAAGGCUGCUACCGUGAGUUAGUCUUUAUUCUGUGUCUCUCUGGAGACUGCAUUUUGAUGGAGAAUCACAGAAUUAAAUGUCUUAUUAAUAAAAUCUUAAUUAUUAAGCUCAUUUUAAAAGACUUAAUUCUACUGAUCACUGAUUUUAGUGAGUAUCUUUUGUUUUAAUAAGGGAAUCAGGCUAUCAGCUGGAACUCCUGUGCUUUGAAGUCAGAGCUGGUGAAAUCAGACAGACAUAAAAAUGCAGAGGAAAGUAGCGAGGACCUCAGUUCAUGGGGGUGGCCUGAGUAGUGACUGGAUGAUGAUCUCAAGCCUAUAGGUUUAGGAUAUGUUAAAGUUACCAGUUUUUGAAAAUGAAUUUAUUUUCCUUUUUAUAAUUUCAUUCAGUACUCUGUGUCCCUCGCUUUAUUCCUCCUACUUUAAAUAUUCUUUUUCUGCCUCACUGUUUUUACUGUCAAGACACCCGUCAUGAUCUGUUCUGUUGGGAGUGUUCCAUCGGGGUCUUCUGCUCCACUGGUCCCUGUCAUAGGAGGGCAGUGCUCUCCUGUGCUCCUCACAGAACAGGACUCUUGGUUCUGUGAACUCAGUGCCUAUAUUUUGUGUAAUUAUGUGUUGAAGGAAAGAAUGUAUAAAGGAUGUAUUUUGAUUGAAAUAAUGGAUUUAAGAUAUAAAUUACAAAUACAGUUUAUUACUAGUUUUUACCAUGCUUUGAAUUAAAAAGAGAUCUUUUUACUUUAUUAUUCCUUCAUUGUAAUCUAGAGUAAGAAAAUAGGAUCCCCAGUUUUCCCACAUAUAUCCCCCCAAUAAAGUUAUCAUUCCAUUCUCCUUGAGAGUCAUGCUGUUGUCUACAAAAUGAGACAAACUGGCAGAUUCUUUUCUCUUUCUUCCCUUGUAUCCUAAUAGGGAUUGAGCCUGCAUCUUCCCUUAAGAGGCAGCACUCUUACAGCUGAGUUUUAGUGCAAGCUUUUUGUUUCUUUUCUGAGACAGGGAAUCAUAUAUUCUAGGGUGGCUUCACUCCCUACAUAGAUGAGAACGAUGCUGACCUUGUGGUCGUCAUCCCUCUAUCGCCAAGUGCUGGGGUUACAGUGUGUGCUACCAUGUCUGGUUUUUGGGUUUACACAGUGCUAAAGAAUCUAAUGCAGAGCUUUACCCAUUCUUUGCCAGCUGAGCUACAGCCAUGCCCUGCCCAAGCACGAGCUGUACGAUCUUAGGACUCACCCUCAAGGCACAGUGGGACCUGCUAGCUUCUUUUUCUUUUUCAAAGUCCCAUAACUAAAUAUCCUGUAUGUGUUGACUAUUUGCUCUUCCUCUAAAAGCUUUGUGAAAUUAAUACUUUUGAUAAUUUUUACUUAUGUUAUUUUUUGAAUUGUUGCAUUCAAAACAUUUUUUUCUUUUCAGCUUCAAUUUUAUGUAGUACGAGAGUUCCAGAGCACAGAUGGUCGUCACAAUCAAAAGUUAUUGUAUGCUUUGAGUUUAUGCUAGUUUUGCUUUAUCAUUAACUCAGUUAUCUAGCAAAGCGCUAAAGUUACUCACAUUUAUAGAAAACUAUUUUCACAUAGAAGGCUGCUCUGCCAGCCAAAGUGUGCAGUUCUCCCAGCCUUGCUGUCGUUAGAAUCUGUAAGUUGCUAGUUUGCUGUGGAUCUUGGUCUACUUUCCUAUUGCCAAAUUACCACUUUGCUGCGUGGUAUUCUAAAUGGCAAAGGUCAUAGCCAGUAAAACUACAGAACUCCUUCAUAUUAUGAAUAUCUGAUUGUAUUUUUAUUAUAGCAUGGACUUAUUUUUGUUGUAUACUAAACAGAAAACACUGGAGGAAUAUACUUUGAGGUGUAUUACAAAGUUAAAGCUAGUACCAAUAGUAGAAAACUUUAAAAUAUUUGAUAGAGUGACCCAAUUAUCAGUAUUCUGAAGUUUCAUGUCAAACUAUGUAACCUUUUAUACAUCAGUGUGCCUUGUUGUGUAUUGCUUGAUAAAACAAAAUCAAUUUAAAAGUUCAAAAAUACAUUUGAAGCGGGGUUAUUAUAUUCUUUUCCUUAAGCUAUCAUAAAUAUUUUUUAAAUGCUGUCUUUCAGGGAAUAAGAAAGCUGAAAAUUGUAUUAGAGUAUCUGAAUCUUAAAUAUAUUAAAACUUGAUACUUCAUAUUUCAGGAAACAUUUGCAUCAGUGCCUUUGUAGUCCUAGGACAAUGUUUUAUCUUUUCUAAUGGUUAUACAUAUAUAUGUUUUCAUUCUUUUGUACUUGAAUAUUCUGUAUUCUGAAUAAAAUUAAUAUUCUUGACAAA